UUUUCUUUUUGUUUUUUCGGGUUAUUUCUUUCACCUUCUUUUUCUAGCUCUCUCUCAAAUAGUGUCUGUUUUCAGACAGCUGCGGAUAAACCGGCUAGUGGUUUUUAUACUGAGAUUAGCAAUAAUUGUAAACCGGUUUUCUAGCUUUCAUUUUCUUAGAAAACAAACAGUUUUUUUUUUUUGACAAUAUACAUAUAUAUAUUUUUUAUUUUUGUUUUUAUUUUUUUGUUGCGUCGAGUAGAAAUUUUUGCAGUGUUGUUUAAGCUUUGUUAAUGUGAUAAGAAGAAGCUCAGAGACAGCUUAGAGCUAACUGGGGUAUAGCAGUUACAGUUUCAGAUGCUGGUAACUUUGCUGGUUUUGUGAUUUUGUUAGUAUAUGCAUGGAAGCGAGGGAAGGAAUGAGUUCAGGAGUAACAGUUAUAGGAGCUGAAGCCCCUUCAGCAUAUCAUGUGGCUCCGAGAAUGGAAAACCAGAGCCAGGCUCCUGAAUCCCCUGCAGUUACUUCACCGGUGGGUGCAGGAUUGGCCGCCGGAACAGCAGGGAAGAAGAAGCGAGGUAGACCAAGGAAGUAUGGGCCAGAUGGGACAGUCACAAUGGCAUUGUCACCAAUGCCGAUUUCGUCCUCAGCUCCGCAUGGAGGAGAUCACUUCUCUUCAGGGAAGAGGGGGAAGGGGAGGUCUGGUGGUUCGGAGUUCAAGCAACAUAAAAGAGUUGGAAUGGAACAUUUAGGUGGUGAAUGGAAUGCAUGCAAUAUUGGUUCAAAUUUCAUGCCUCAUAUAAUCACUGUCAAUGCUGGCGAGGAUGUUACAAUGAAGGUUAUAUCAUUUUCUCAACAAGGACCUAGAGCUAUAUGCAUAUUAUCUGCUAAUGGAGUAAUUUCAAAUGUUACACUGCGCCAACCUGAUUCUUCUGGGGGUACUUUAACGUAUGAGGGUCGUUUUGAGAUACUUUCCUUAUCUGGAUCAUUCAUGCCUACUGAGAGUCAAGGAACAAGGAGCAGAUCAGGUGGGAUGAGUGUCUCUUUGGCAAGCCCUGAUGGUCGGGUUGUUGGAGGAGGUGUUGCUGGACUCUUAGUAGCAGCUAGCCCUGUUCAGGUUGUGGUUGGUAGUUUUCUAACAGGCAACCAGCCGGAGCAGAAGAUUAAGAAGCAAAAGGUGGACCCUUUAUCGGUUAAUAUGAUGCCAGCCGCAACUAUAUCUGCUACGAUACCGGUUUCCGAAGCCGACAAAGAGGAUGGAAUGGGGGGACAUGGGCUUCAAAAUUCUGCUACCCCAAGGCCAAAUCUUGGUUCAAACUCUCCCUUCCGGAGAGAAAACUGGGCGAACAUGCACACCAUGCAAGACUCAAGGAAUUCUACCACUGAUAUCAACAUUUCUUUGCCUGGUGGCUAAUCUAAAAACCGUGUCAGAAGCAAAAACCAAACCCUUCUUGCUGACCUAAAAAAAUUUGAUCUUUGAUCUUGUUCUUCCACAAUGUAUUUUGAGUCUUACUACUGUUAUCUAUAUUUUGUCUUUUAAGCUAUUGAACAAUUACCACAGGUUGAAGUAGGGUAGAAGUUUCUCAAGCUCCAGUUAGGUUUUAUACAUUUUCUUAUCUGGUAGCAACAUCUGAUUUGUAGGCUAAUUAAGUAGGUUUUCUCAAGUUGUUAUAAGCAGGGUUAUGGAUGUAAUAACAUUUUUUUUUUUUUUUCUUUUCCAUUUUAAGACUUGAAUUCAUUGGUGAGACGGUUUCUCUCA